CAUUUCCUCCGUGUGGGUCGAGCUCAAUGCAGCAGCCAAACCACCGCCGCGCAUACUGAGCUGAGAGACGCGGGCGGACCGGACCGGGCUGAGCUGAGCUGAGCUGCGCUGAGAGCUGUGGAUCUGUGGAUGGACUGGACUAACUACUCCUCUCCGCCGGGCUCGAGCGCUGCUGCGGUCUUCUGCUGCUUUUGCGCGCAAAACGAAACCCCGACAAGAGGAGGACUUUUCUGACCGGCUGAUCGUCGUCGAGUUCGGGCGCGGAGAAGCGCGAAGAGCCGCGCGGAGAGCGCGAGAGCGGCGGCUGGUUGCUGGCGUGUGUUUCUCUGAAUGUACCGGACUCAACUGAAUUAUUCAUUCCCCGCGUCAGUUGUGUCGCCCAUCUCCCUUUUCCUCAACGUCUUUUUAUCCCCCCUCCUCCCCUCCCCUUCUUCUCCUCCUCAUCCUCCUCCUCCUCCUCACCCUCUCCCUCCUUCCUCCGCUCCUUCUUUCUUAUUCUGGUGAUUAAACCUGCACGGCGUGAUUUGAAGAAGAGGUGAGAGCGUUUUCGGGCCGUGCGUAAAAGCGCAGAGUCGGGCUUCUUCUUUUUUUAUGGACUAUAUAUACAUAUUUAAAUAUAUAUUUGCGACGGGCUGCGCUCUGUUAUUUUCGCGCUUCUCUAUCUGUCUCUCUCUCUCUCUCUCUCUUUCUGUUGAACUGUUGAAGAGGAUAAGAAGUGCAUUUAUAUAGUGCAGGACAGUGGUGGUUGUGCUGGUGAUCUUUUUGGAAGCGGGACAGUAAAAAAAAAGAAAAAGAGGGGAAAAAAGCAACGAACGGGCGAGCGGACGCAUGAACUGAUGUUAAAGCAAGGCUGAAUCAUUGACAUUCGCGCGCCUGCCUCCCUGCCUCGCCUCGCCUCGCGCCCCUCGCAGCUUUGCGCUCGCCCCGCUGGCUCCUGGAGAAUGCUGGAGUUGUUCUGGGUGCGCUUGACCGGCGCGCCGCCCGCCCGCACUUUCUCGUCGUCGGUUUUGAGGUGAUGCCGUCCCCUCAGAUGCUGAACGCUUGGAAAUGCCUCGCAAAAGCUCGGCGAGGUUGGGAUUGUACCCCAGACCGCGCGCUGUGAACAAGUGGAGCCUGACUGGAAGAGACGCAAAAGCUGAAAUCUGAAGCUGCGCUGAGAACUGGAACCAGUCUCUGCCCGAUGUGCGGUGUCAUCUUUAAAAAAGAAGAAGACGGCGGUGCUUUGCGUUACGUUGCGGGUUACUAAAUGGUUUUCUGGGGGAUUUUUAAGAGGCAAAAAUGCUGCUGCUUGUUCUGUUGGCCUUUUCCAUAUUGGGUUCGUUUUCCGACUCGGAUUCUGACCUCUCGGCUGAGACCUGCAGCGCUUGCUCUUGCAUGUCCAUCGAGAACGUCCUCUAUGUGAACUGUGAGAAAAUAACUGUGUACAGACCGACGCAGCUGCUCCCCCCAGCAUCCAGCCUCUACCAUCUGAAUUUCCAGAACAACCUUUUGUACAUUCUUUACCCAAACUCUUUUGUGAAUUUCACGCACGCCGUCUCGCUCCAGCUGGGGAACAACAAGCUGCAGAACAUCGAGGGAGGGGCCUUCACGGGACUCGGUGCAUUAAAACAGUUGCACUUAAACAACAACGAAUUGAAAGAGCUCCGGGCCGACACGUUCCGGGGCAUCGAGAACUUGGAAUACCUCCAGGCCGACUACAAUUUAAUCAAGUAUAUUGAGAAGGGAGCCUUCAACAAAUUGCAUAAGCUGAAGGUUCUGAUCCUAAAUGACAACCUCAUCCAGAGCCUUCCGGAGAACAUUUUUCGUUUCGCCUCCCUCACACACUUGGAUAUACGAGGGAACAGGAUACAGAAGCUCCCGUAUCUCGGAGUUUUGGAGCACAUCGGGAGGAUAGUGGAGUUGCAGCUGGACGACAACCCGUGGAAUUGCACGUGUGAUUUGUUACCUCUGAAAGCCUGGCUGGAGAAUAUGCCCUACAACAUUUUCAUUGGGGAGGCUAUAUGCGAGACUCCCAGUGAUCUGUAUGGUCGUCUUUUGACGGAGACCAAUAAGCAAGAGCUGUGCCCUAUGGGAAUUGGCAGUGACUUUGAUGUGAGGAUGCCCCCCUCGCACCCAGAGGCGGGUCACACGACAUCUAACCUCGCGCCAUCCACGAUAGCACCUUUAGUAACCAAAGCACCCAAAACUACAAAUCCCUCCAAAAUAUAUGGCAACGGUAUAGUUGCCGGUAUUCCACCGGGUAAAAACGGUCAAAUUGUGUCCUAUCAAACCCGAAUCCCUCUCCUCUCCUGCCCCCAGCCCUGCAACUGCAAAGUGCACCAGUCUGACUUUGGUAUUGGUGUCGGUUGUCAGGAAAAAAAUAUCCAGAGCCUAGCUGACCUUGUACCUAAACCACCAAAUGCCAAGAAAUUGCACCUCAGUGGUAAUUACAUUAGAAAUAUCAGCCCCACUGACUUUCAAGGCUUUGAGGGAUUAGAUCUGUUACACCUUGGCAGUAAUCAAAUCUCCACCAUCCAAAAAGGUGUGUUUGGAAAUCUGACAAACCUCCGUAGGUUAUACCUCAACGGCAAUCAACUUGAGCAGCUUCACCCUGAAAUGUUCCUCGGGCUCAGUAACCUCCAGUACUUGUAUUUGGAAUACAAUGCCAUAAAGGAGGUGUUAGCAGGGACGUUUGACUCCAUGCCAAAUUUGCAGCUCUUGUUUCUCAACAACAACGUGCUCAGAAGCCUCCCUGCUUACAUUUUUGCCGGCCUUCCCCUUUCUCGACUGAAUCUGAAGAACAAUCACUUCAUGACUCUGCCUGUGAGUGGUGUGCUGGACCAGCUCAAGUCGCUCGCUCAAAUAGAUCUGGAAGGCAAUCCUUGGGAAUGCUCAUGUGAUUUGGUGGCUUUGAAACUGUGGCUGGAGAAACUGAAUGAGGGGGUCGCUGCCAAGGAGGUCAGAUGUGCGUCCCCAGUGCAGUUUGCGAAUGCUGAGCUGCGGGAGCUGAAAAACGAGAUCCUGUGCCCCAAGCUCAUAGCUAGGCCUCCUUUUAUCAUGACAAGCGCCACCCCCGUGGUCACGUCAGUGUCACCUGCUGGCGUUGGCAAGGUGCCUCCUGGUGGGCCGGUGCCCCUGUCUAUCAUGAUCCUUAGCAUACUAGUGGUCUUGAUCCUCACAGUGUUUGUUGCUUUUUGCCUGCUUAUCUUUGUGCUGAGGCGGAACAAAAAGCCUGCCGGGAGGCAGGAAGGCCUGGGCAACCAGGAGUGCGGCUCCAUGCAGCUCCAGCUCAGGAGGCACAAUCACAAAUCCAAUAAGAAAGACGACCUAGGCGGAGAGACCUUCAUCCCUCAGACCAUCGAGCACAUGAGCAAAGCCCACACUUGCGGCAUCAGAGACGCUGAGUCCGGUUUCAAGUUCGCUGACUCCCAGAGACAGAAAAUGGUUUUGCGCAACUGCACAGACAAAGACAAAGACACUCUCAGCCUGGAAGCCAGGAAAAGACUGAGUACCAUCGAUGAGCUAGACGAGUUCUUACCGGGAAGAGAGUCCAGCCUGUUCCUUCACAACUACUUGGAGAACAAAAAGGAUUUCAACAGUAUAGGGGUGAGUGGCUUUGAGAUCCGUUACCCCGAGAAACCACAUGACAAAAAAAUGAAAAAGUCCUUAAUAGGGGGCAACCACAGUAAGAUAGUUGUUGAGCAGCGCAAAAGUGAGUAUUAUGAACUAAAAGCAAAACUCCAAGGGACCCCCGACUACCUUCAAGUACUAGAGGAACAGACAGCCCUCAGUAAAAUGUAGGCCUCUCAUCUUCAUUUGCCCCUUAAUGACAAAAAAGUGCCUUGUGGAAAAUGUUAAUGACCAAUGGAAUACUGGACAACAGUUUAAUUACUCAAAAAUAUAACUUAGCAUUGGUGGCUGUGUUACAUUUAUCUUUUUUGUUUUCCAAAAGUGAGGAUGCCAUUACAAAGUUUAAGAAUCACACAUCAGUCUAUAAGAGAGGACUUACAGUACCUUAUAAACCUUAUAAAGUGUAGUUUGCUGCUAUUGAAGUGGAUUAUGUCAGAUUAUGUUUAAGAUUAUGUUAAGUUUUAUUUUUUAAAACAAAUUAUUGGGUCAUGAAACAGUGUUGAUUGUGAUCCAUAUUGACCCUUGUUUAUUGUUUUUGGUUGGAAGUAUUUUUAGGGUGCUUUGGAUGACAAAAUGAAAUGGAGUCGAAGAUUGGCAAGUUGGGCGCAAGUGUGAAAGUGUUGGAAAUCUCCCAGAGUCCCCCCUCUCUCUCUCUCUCUCUCUCUCUUUCUUGGAUUUUAAUUUGACACUUUUUGGGGCCUUGAAAACUGGUGGAUUCAGUUUUAACUGAAGGCACUGACAUUCAACUUUCUCGCAUUCUGGAUUAUUCCGUCCAUCAUUUCUGUAAAGAGCCAUUUAAAUUUGUUCUACUGAAAAUGUGAUUCUUCUUGAGAUCUUUGGGUACGGCACAUGACAGGACAUUCAUAAACCCAAGAAAAGAAAAGAAAAGAAAAGAAAAAAAAAAAAAAUAUUAACUUCAUAGCUGCUUGCCAUGUAAGCGUAUCUGAUUUAUUUUGUAAGUCAACAUUAUUUGUAUUUGUGGGGCAGUUUGUAAAUUACAAAGGUCAACAAUUCAACUAUUCAAUUCUCAUCAAAAUACACACAAAAAAAAACAGAAAAUUGAAAAAGAAAAAAAAAAGAUUGAUGACCACUGUCACCUGUCAAUUCGUAGUUUAAUUAACUUCAUAUUUAAUUUAUUUUUCUAUGCAGGAUUAUUUAAAGAUUAUUGGUACUAUUUAAAAAAAAAUCAAGGGACAUUAAGUGAACCAGGCUCUUAUUUUGAGCUCUGAGUAACUAACUCUAAAUUUGUUUUACUGACCUGUGUUCCAUUAUGAAUUCUACACAUGAUCUGGGCAUAGGAGCUAGAAUCAGUGAUAGUGAUGUCAUUUUCACUAUUGCUUUGCACGAGGUGAGGCCUCAUAGUGUAUCGAGUCUGACAAUUUGCUUAACCUUAUAGCCCAUGAGUAUCUUGUAAAAGGUUUCUUAACAAUAUGCAACCAAAAUAAGUGUGCAUUAACGUGAUAUGAUUCUGAAUUUUAUGAACGUUGUCAUGGGGAUUUGAAAUGCUUAUUAGUUUUUCUUUAUUUUCUUUAUUUUUUGUUUUUUUUUGUUGUUGUUUUUUAUUGAGGACAAUGUAUGUAGUAAUUUAUUUACAAUUUUGUUUUUGAAAAAGGACUGUGGAAUUUUACGAUAUAUUUGAAAUCCAAUGUGUUUAGCAAAAAGCUACUGAUUUGGUCAGAAUCAUAUCACACUCCAUGUGCAAUAUUAUGCUCAAUCAUAUUAGCUUGACAAUUUUACUUUGUUUGUCCGCUCGAGUUAAUAUUAUGGAGAGAAGUUAAGUUUUUCUUUCAGAGAGAAAAAAAAACAACAACAACGUUAAUUUCAUUCAGUCCUUAUUUAAGAUAUUGUUAAGUUAAUGAUUGUUUGAAAUAGAAUGUACCUUGAAAGAUAAAAUAAAUACAAUUUUAUAUAUGCGAGAUCUG